AUGGCCAACACCAAUUCCCCAACCAGCAAUGCUGUACCUCCCCCUUCCAUACCCUCCAUUGUCAACAUCAAACUGGAUCGUUCUAACUAUCCGUUAUGGCUAGCUCAGAUCGUUCCUCUUUUGAACAGUCGGGAUCUUAUGUCGUUUGUUGAUGGAACCAGUGAAUGUCCUCCUAAGAAUGUUGCUGGGAGUACUACUGUGAAUCCCGCCUACACCACCUGGUUUCAACAAGAUCAACUGAUCCUUAGUUGGAUCAAUAGCUCUUUGACUCCAUCUGUUCUCUCUACUGUGUCAAGGAAUCAGACUUCUCGCACCACUUGGCAGGCUUUGGAGCACAGGUAUGCCUCUGCUUCUCAGAACAGAAUCUUGCACUUGCGUAAUGAGCUGCUUCGAACCAUGAAAGGUGAUUUGUCUGUGAGUGAUUAUCUUGAUCGCAUGAAUGCUAUUCGUGACAACCUGGCGCUUUCUGGAAAGCCAGUGGAUGAUGAUUAA